AUGGUUGGAAGUGGUAGGGUGUCUCUGGGUGUGGGAUUGUUGGUGACGAUUGAUUUGUUCGCCGCCAGCGCCGAAGCCCCGCGUCCCCUGGGGGUUACAGGGGAUUCCCCACCCUCCACGGAUUUGUCCAAGGAAGGCAAGUUGAGGAACUGCCUCGCCGUCUGCGACGUCUCCGGGAGCAUGUAUGGGACCCCUUGGGAAGUGUCUGUUGCAAUGGGGUUGUUGGUUUCCGAUCUGAGCGAAGAGCCGUGGAAGGGGAAGGUUAUUAUUUUUAGCGAGUCACCUCAGCUUCAUAUAAUUGAGGGCGAUGAUCUUCAGUCGAAGAUGAAGUUUGCGGAGAAUACAAUAAACUUUGGAAACACCGAUUUUCAGAAGGUGUUUGAUCUUAUAUUACAAGUGGCGGUGGAUGGAAAGUUGGAGGACCAGAUGAUCAAGAGGAUCUUCGCGUUUAGUGACAUGGAGUUUGACAAAGCUUCGUGCAAUGAUUGGGAAACCGACUACAAAGCUAUACAGAGGAAGUUCAGGGAGAGAGGGUAUGGCUCUGUGGUGCCGGAGAUUGUGUUUUGGAAUCUAAGGGACUCGAAAUCAACGCCGGUGACUAUCUCCGACAAGGGGGUGGCGCUGGUGAGUGGGUUUUCGAAGAAUUUGAUGAAGUUGUUCUUUGAUGGUGAUGGGAUAAUUAACCCGGCGGAUAUCGUGGAAGCCGCCAUCUCCGGCGAAGAGUAUCAGAAACUUGCUGUGGUGGAUUGAUAAUCUCUGCAGUGUACUUGGUAUGGGAUUUAGAGUAAUUUUAGUUUUCCUUGAUUCAAGAAAUUAUUUUGGCAUUUUAUUUUUUGUUUAUCCUUUCUGCACUUGUAGUUUCUGGCUGGCUUCUGCAGAUAAUUCAGGCAAGCAAUAAAACAAAAUAUUAUUAUUAUUA